AGAAGUGGAACACAGUUUCCAAGCUAAAUGACAAAAUACUCUUAAGCCAUGGAGUCCAACCAGGAAUCCUCGCUCUUCCUGGUGAAGAUCUUGGAGGAGCUGGACACAAAGCAGAAUACUGUUUCUUACCAGGACCUCUGCAAGUCACUGUGUGCGAGGUUUGAUUUAUCCCAGUUGGCCAAGCUCAGAAGUGUGCUGUUUUAUACCGCUUGCCUGGAUCCUAAUUUCCCAGCGACUUUGUUCAAAGAUAAAAUGAGAUGCACUGUAAACAAUCAGCAAUCAAAGAAAAUCAUGGUCGCAGCAGAUAUAGUAACAAUAUUCAACCUCAUCCAAAUGAAUGGGGGAGUGGCCAAGGAGAAACUUCCAGUUGCAAGGCAGAAAGUGAAGAAGAAAGAGUCCUUUGAGUCCUGUAGAUCCGACACAGAAAUCUGCAACGUGGCAGACUGCGUGCCCAACUGCGAGCUGAACGACCAGGAGUUCAGCCGAGGCUUUCCAGUCAGGAGGUCUUCAAAAUGCAGAAAGAUGGACUGCAAAGACUGUCAACAGUUUGUCCCCUCGUCAGAACCCAACUUUUUACUCGGGGUUAAUAAGGAGAUGAAGGGCCGGGCUGCCUCUCUAGACAGACUGCAGGCGCUGGCAUCCUACUCCAUCGCCACUUCUCCACCAUGCGAGAUGCAGAGUACGUACUUCCCCAUGAACAUUGAAAAUGAAUCUAUUUCAGACCAGGACUCCUUGCCUAUAAGUGCAGGCAUAAAAGAAACCUUCAUUUCAAACGAUGAGCCGUUUGUGAUGCAGUCGUGUGUCCAGAAAAGAAAUAUAUUCAAAGAAGAUUUUCAUAAUCUGAUUACAAUAUCUCCCAACUUAAUACCAUCCAACAAAAAGCCAGAAGAUGGACACAGAGAGCCUCAGAACAGGAAAGAAAGCUCUAAGCAGGCUUUCUUCAACCACAGCUUUGAAAUGCCAUACAGCAGCCAGUACUUGAAUCCAGUUUAUUCUCCUAUACCAGACAAAAGACGAGCGAAGCAUGAAAGUUUAGAUGAUCUUCAGGCUUCGACUUAUUUUGGCCCAACUACUAUUCUUGGCCCCCAGGACACCAAAAAGUGGACUGGAAAGCCAACCAAGCAAACUGCUUGGCCAGCAAAAAGCUGGAGUUUAAAUACUGAGGAAGUACCUGACUUUGAACGAUCAUUUUUUAAUAGGAAGCAGUCUGAAGAGAAGCCACGAUACCAGAGUUCGAACAACCCAUCUCCAAACUUUCCUUCAGCUGAGAGGCAUCAGUCCUACCUAAACGCGAAGGAUCAGCAACCAAUUAUUCAGGCAAACUACGCUGUGAAACCAAAUGGGCAUAAACCCAAGGAAAUUCCUUCCAUUCUAGAUGUGGAGAAACAUGAGCCAGUCAAAAAAUUUAAGGAUAAAAGCAUUAACUGUACUUCUGUUCAGAUCUUAAGCAUUGACAGGACCACGAGUGUUGGGACACAAACAGAGCAGCAAAUUCUGGACCACAAGAAAUGCAAGGAUUUGUGUGCGGCGGGCCAAGCCAAGUACGGAGAGCGACACUCUCUUAAGCAGUCGGAUGAUGACUCUGAAAUCGUGAGCGAUGACAUCAGUGACAUUUUCCGGUUUUUGGAUGACAUGAGUAUCAGUGGGUCGACGGGAGUGAUGCAGUCUUCGUGCUACAACAGCACCGGUUCCUUGUCUCAGGUGCAUAAAUCAGACUGUGAGAGCUCACCUGAGCACAAUUUGACUAAAAUCUCCAAUGGGAGUGCCUGUAACAAACUGGAGAAAGUGGUCCGGGCAGAUAUCAGUAACACAGAUGAUGAACUGAAAACAAGUGUCUGCAAAUUAGUUUUGAGGAUUGGUGAAAUAGAAAAGAAACUGGAAUCUCUCUCAGGCGUCCGAGAAGAAAUCUCCCAAGUCCUGGGAAAACUGAGUAAGUUGGAUCAAAAAAUUCAGCAGCCAGAGAAGGUCAGCGUACAAAUAGAUCUCAAUUCUCUGACAAGCGAGGCUGCGUCAGAUGAGAGUAACUCCCCACAGAUAUUUCAGUGCCACAAUACUCCUCAUGGAGGCAAAUUAGAGAAUAAUCCAGAAUGGUGCUGUUCAGAUGCCAGUGGAAGUAACAGUGAGAGUCUUCGAGUAAAAGCCUUAAAAAAAAGCUUGUUUACUAGGAGGUCAUCCAGAUCAUUAACAGAGGAAAACAGUGCAACUGAAUCCAAAAUAGCAAGUAUUUCCAACUCUCCCCGAGACUGGAGAGCUAUUACUUACACCAACCAAGUUGGCAUUACGGAAGAGGAGAUGAAAGAGAGAGAUGGAGGAGAAAAUAAAGACUGGCACAGGAAAUCUAAAGAGGCAGACAGGCAAUACGAAAUCCCACAGCCACAUAGACUGUCUAAACAACCAAAAGAUGCUUUCUUGAUUGAACAAGUCUUUAGUCCUCAUCCCUACCCUGCAUCACUCAAGUCACACAUGAAAAGCAACCCACUCUACACAGACAUGAGGCUGACAGAGCUGGCUGAAGUGAAACGUUCCCAGCCAUCAUGGACCAUAGAGGAAUACACGAGGAAUUCGGGGGAUAAAGGCAAGAUUGCAGCAUUGGAUCUACAAACUCAAGAAUCUUUAAACCCAAACAACUUAGAAUACUGGAUGGAAGACAUUUAUACUCCUGGCUAUGAUUCCUUAUUAAAACGCAAAGAAGCCGAGUUCAGAAGAGCAAAGGUUUGCAAGAUAGCUGCCCUGAUAGCAGCGGCAGCUUGUACGGUUAUUCUGGUCAUUGUAGUUCCCAUUUGUACAAUGAAAUCCUGAACCUGCGGACGGACCUGUGACUCCCAGCCGUGUGCGUGUCAGAUAGCUCAUGCUGUGUUUCCAACGUCUGAUGGCAAAACUGUAAGGAAUUUGCUAAGGAGGAAUGUUCUGAGGAUAUCCUGAUGGAGAAUGCUGUGAAUGUAGGCAAAACACAAAACAAGAGAAACUUUUUUUUUUUAAAAGUAUGAUUUUAAAUAACAGACUGCGUGGUGGAGUUAAUGGGAACUCGGUUCAAUUUUUAUGCAUUUUUAAAUGUGCAAUAUUUUUUUUUCCCUAAAGAAACAAUAUAAUGUUUUACAGAAUCAGAGACCGAUGAGAAUCCAGGCAAAAGAUUGUCUGAGCUAUGUUGCAUUUAACGGAGGUAUGGGUACAUGGAGGUGGCACUGUAUAGAAGGGAAUGUUCUAUAUGCAUUACAUCGGGGAGCUGAGAAAGUCUUAAAGCUCUCUACAAUGUAGAAAACUCUGAAUGUAUUGUAUUUAUUUUAUAGUACUUAUGUAUUUCAUGAUCAUUUGAUUGAAAGCAGACUGUGUAGCCAUGAACAGAGUUCAUUCCUAUGUUCAGAUUAAAAAGGGCUCUUUGUAUUUGGUCUUGCCCUAAGACCCACUCUAUCAUCACUGAGUACUUAGAUAUAAGUGCAAUGUGCUGCAGACCAAAAAGAUUAUGUUUUAAAGCAA